GGAAAAAAGCUCAUUCACAUUCGACUUUUGCCUGAAACGGUACACUUAAAACGAGAGUGGCGUCGGCCCCCUGUCACACCACCCGUUGGCGGCGCAAUUGUACGGAUUUUGGUGGUGCCCGAAAUUCCGCGAAUUCCUUUGCAAUCCUUCAUCGAUCUAACAAGUGUUUGUUUUGGCGCCGGUUCAGGUUCAAGUGCAGUGGCAUUUAUUGCAUUUUUGAGCAAGCCCGUGACCUGAUGCUGCAAAGGCAUACGCCCGCGCAAGCACACGUGCAAAAAUUCAUAUACACACACACGCACACAUCGGUAUAACUGUUACUCCCACGCGUAAAACGGUGCCGGCAAAGCAACAAUUUUCCAUCAACUUCUCAGGGAUCUCCACAUUAUUAAAAAUGGCUUGUACUUGCGAAAUAAUCGGCCUCGCCUGCGUGGUGGCUCUAAUCCUUAGUGUUUCGGCCAAAGCUCCCUACCAGAUGCGCAUGUUCUUCAUAUUCUUUGGCGCUGGCGCCAUUGUGAUGCUGUGCGUGCCCUUUAUGAUGCUACGACCACGGGACUAUCGAAAUGCUCUGGUGCCCUCUUGGUGCUUCCGACAGCUAUGCAGAUUGAUGGGCAUUACCAUGGAGGUGCGUGGAUUGGAGAAUGUAAGAGCGGGUCACGGCAGUGUGGUGAUAAUGAACCACCAGAGCGCCCUGGAUCUCUGUGUGCUGAGCUAUCUGUGGCCGGUAAUCGGACGAGGCACGGUUGUGGCCAAGAAGGAGAUCCUUUACCUACCAUUCUUCGGCUUUGGUGCCUGGCUCUGGGGCACUCUGUACAUCAAUCGUUCCCGCAAGACGGACUCGAUUAAUUCCCUGCAAAAGGAGGCAAAGGCGAUACAGGAGCGUAACUGCAAGCUUCUGCUCUUCCCGGAGGGCACGCGCAACUCCAAGGACACACUGCUGCCGUUCAAGAAGGGCUCAUUUCACAUUGCUCUGCAGAGCAAGUGUCCCAUUCAGCCGGUAGUCAUUUCAAAGUACGCAUUUAUGGACGACGAGAAGAAGACUUUCCGUCCGGGCCACGCCCUGAUUCAGAUCCUGCCCGAGGUGUCGACCGAGAAGUACGAGAAGGAUGAUAUGCAGCAGCUUAUCGACAACUGUCGUUCGAUCAUGCAGACGGAGUACACGAAGUUGAGUAAAGAAGGGCUUGCCUUGAGCUCGAAGAAGCAAUCAUAGGACUGGAUAGAAUAUUAUUAUACUCAGGUUACUAACACAAAUAUUGCCCAGGAACAGAAUCAAAAGCAGCCAACACGUAUAUAUAGGGUUAUUGGAUUAAUUUGCCUAGCUUUAAGUUAUAGAAUAUAUAUUCUUCGCGCGUAUUUUCGCACAAUA